AUGUACAUCAACCCACCUCAAUACUCACGAGCCUUCCAAGAAAUCAAAAGGACGUCACUUUCUCAUUCCACUUGCAAGCUCGUGAUUUUUGUUUCUUGUUUGGACAUAGAUUCGUUAUGUGCCGCCAAGAUUCUCAGCCUUGUCCUCAGAAAGGAAUUGAUUCAGUACCAAUUGAUACCAGUAGUGGGAUACUCUGACUUGAAGUCACAUUAUGCCAAGUUGGAUAGCGAUGUCAGCAAUAUUUUCCUUAUUGGAUGUGGUGCAAUGCUAGACUUGGAAGGGUUCUUUGAAUUGAACCCAGAAGAGUUUGUAGAAGAGAGACAAGAACAAGUCACCAAUGAUUUAGAUCUUGAUUUAAAAAAAGAUACUGCAAUUCCCAUGAAGAGGAAGAUAUACGUUAUGGACGGGCAUAGGCCGUGGAAUUUAGACAAUUUAUUCGGAUCAGCCAUGAUUGUUUGUUUUGAUGAUGGUUUCAUUGAUGCAAACCUAAAAACUGAAAAGCUUGCUUAUACUAAUUUGAUGGAUCAAUUACAAGGUGAAGAAGAAGAUGAAGAAGAAUCUGAACUGGAUAUGACUGAUGAAGAUGAUGAUGAAUUUGAAGGAGAUACCGACGUGGAUGAACAAUCCGAUGAAGAGCUUAUUAUAAAUUCACAAGAUUCUGAUGAUACAGUAUCACGCAAACGAAAAUUACAGGAAAUUAAAAUGAAAAAGAUCAAAAAGCAACGCAAGCGAGAAAAAUCAGAGAAUCAAGAUAAGAUCCAACAAUACUACAACCAAGGUACCGCUAUCAUCACCGCAAACUCAAUAACCAUCUAUGCAUUAUUAUCAGCGAUUGGAGAAACAAGUCUUGAAAAUUUAUGGCUCUCCAUUAUUGGUACAUCAUCAUUAGACAAUCAAUUUCCCGAACUUUACGACAAGUUGCAUCCCUUGCUUAGAGAUGAAGUCCUCAGAAUCAACCCUUCCAAUGAACCAGCUUCAGUAAGUGGCUCCACCAAGACUGCUGAUUCAACUUCACUUAGCAUAGAAAAAGAUUAUCACCUUUUCUUACUACGACAUUGGACCUUGUAUGAUUCCUUCUUUUAUUCAAGUCAAGUUAAUUCCAAAUUAAAUUUAUGGACUGAGGAUGGAAAGAAGAAAUUACAUAAAAUGUUUGCCAAAAUGGGAGUAUCAUUAGCGGUAGCGCAACAAAAGUGGAUGUACAUGGACUCUCGAGUUAAGCGACAAUUACCAGGAAUCUUUCAUCAUUAUCUUCCAUUGUAUGGGCUUGAAGGUAUUGUCAGACAAGGGUUUAUUCGAACUUUUGGUUUUACAGGGCAAUUAUCAGCCAUGGAAUGCGUUGAAGCAUUGACAGCAUUGCUUGAGCUUGAUAAGAGGUUCCUAACCUCCAAUGGGAUGGAUACACAAGCCAAUGAAAACGAACAAGAUCCAGAUGCAGAAGAGGAAGAAGAAGCUCACGAUGAAGAAGAACGAAUUGAAAAACAACUCCAAAAGAAAGAAAAAGUAUGGGUCAACAAUUUCUGGUCAGCCUGGGACGCAUUAAAUAUGGGAAAUACUCUCCAAAUUGGAGCCACUACUCAAAAAACAUCAUUCAAAAAACCUAAAGGAUUUGAACUUCUUUUCCAAGGUCUUGAACAUGCUAAGCAAAUCCAACAAGUUAUUUUCAGAACUGGAAUGUCUCUUCUUGAACGGAAGUUAAUUAAAAACCUUAAGUUAUACCGAUUUUGUGUCUUGAAUGAUGGUUCAAUUCCCGAUUUGCAUAUAUUCAACAAUCCAUUAAUGCUUUCAAAACUUGGAUCAUGGGUUGCAGAAAAUUUAACUGAAUUGGAUUUCACCAAUGAAAGCCAUACUUUGAAACCUUUAAUCCUUGCUAGUUUGGAUGUUGAUAGUGACAGUUACUUAGUAAUGGGGAUCGCUCCGAAAUAUCCUCGAGGGAUGAAUAAUGCAACCAGGGCUAAAUUAGCCCAGGAACAAGCAAGAGAUGAGAAUGGAGAAACCCAGAUGACCAGACUCAACACCUUUAGUGUAGCUUUCCAACAACUUUCCAAUACCUCAGGGGCAAAGAUUAGAAUUGACAGCUUUGAUAGCUCGGUUAUUGAAAUUAGAAAAGAUGACUUGUCGCCAUUCUUGGAAAGACUUACCUUGAGUGGAUUAAUAUAG